AUGGAAACCAUCAAACCCAACCCACGUUUGACGGACACUAAAGCUCUAUCUCACCGCCAAGCGCUUCGGUGGACGUUUCCAAAGUCGAAGCAGGAGUUUAUCGAUGCAGAAAAUAUAACACACUCAGAGUCGACAAGUCCGCCCACCGAGUGGGAUAAUCGAUCCUCCUAUGCAAGUAUCAUCGAUCUUGAUGCCCACAUGGCCGUGGCACUCAAUGACGGCUCGGCAACAGAGCAGCCGACGCGACCAUCAACUGCAGGUUCGCACCACAGCACUAGCACUGACGGAGAGUCCAAUGCUUUCAGUUUAGACGCCGAGACGUACACUGCUGGUCUACCUUGGAGAUCCCCGCCUUCAACCACCAGAGGACUAUCCAUCUACAUCACUGGUGAAUCUGCGGCAUCCGCGCUUCAACAGGUUCUUGUUGAUUUUGCAUCACCCGGGCCCGAGGAGAGUAUGAUUGGACCCGCCUCGCCCAGGUUGGAGGAGAUGUGUGACUCCCCGUCUGAUACACAUUUUCCACCUCUACCUGCACCGCCCUCGGCUAGAGUCAUGCAAGGUACAGCCGAGCACGAUGAAGCUAAAGAUGAACUCCGGCGCCUCCUGUCUAGCUUUAAAGAGCAUCUUAAUAUGACGAAGGAAGUAUUUGAGGGAGCUCAAACAUCUGGCGAUCGAGACUCGAGUCACUAA